GCAGGCUCCUCGGACGACCAUUUCUCCUCCGCCGAUGAAGGCACUCCAAACCCCAAUCGCAUGAGUACAGACGGGUCUCAGUCUCCUAUUCCGAUCACCCGCGUAGAAAGAGUCGACGACAAAGCUGCACAUGGCGAAGUGCCUGGAACUCCAGCUUAUGAGCAACGCUUGCAAGACGCCGUCCCUGACGAACUCGAGAUCGUGCCUGAGGGCAGGAGACCCAGGAGUGGCACUCAAAGCCGGUCAAGGAGUCACUCCAACCUCAGCGUAUCUAGCAGACCAAACACUCCUGGCGGCUCUCCUGUGCCGAAGUUGGUCGUAGAGAGAGUCGACAAUAAGCCAGCGCAUGGCGAGGUAGUUGGUACACCAGCACACGAGAUGAGAAUGGCGGAUGCCAUCCCAGACGAAGUGCGGACAGCCCCGCCUGAGGCCAGAGAUGGCCAGAAUGAUCCAGAAGACAGCCAAGCAUUCUUCAAGUCCAUGUGGGAGAGCAAACCAGAAGAGAAACAGGCUACGCAAGCACAGAAUAUAGAAGAGGAUGAGCCCUCAAAUGACGAAGAUGAAGGAGACGAUGGAUUUGGUGACGACUUUGACGAAUUUGCAGAGGGCGGCGAGGUUGAUGAUUUUGGGGACUUUGACGAAGCAGAGCCAGAAACACCGACAGCACCACCUCAAGAACCUGAUUACACUCCCUCUUCAAUACUGAGCACAUUGGCAGGCCUUCCGCCUCUGGACCUCAAGCUCGAUCUCUCCGGUUCCGAUCUCCAGGAUACCAUAGCGCCCUAUUUGGACCUCAUAUUUCCGGACUCAAAUGCACCGCCUCCUGCCUCAUCGUUGCCGCCACUUGACAUGUCCAACAGCUCGCCAUUCCUCUCAGAUCGUUCACUCUCCCUGUGGCAACAGCUGGUGUCGCCACCGCCCAUGCAGCCGCCAAACUGGACAAGGAGCAGAAUUCGCCGCCUUUUCCUCGUAUCAUUAGGUGUACCAGUAGAUCUUGAUGAGAUUCUUCCACCUUCGAAGCAGAAGCGCUUGGUCCUGCCCAACAUUAAUCUUACCUCCCCGCGAGCUUCGACUGCACAACUUCAGCGAUUGAAAGAGGGCGGUAAUGAUAGCUCUACUUCAAUAGACUCGAAAACUGGGGAGAGGAAGAAGGGUGGCCUAAAACGAUCUGGGACUGUGAAAGGCCCUCCUCCGCCUCCCGAUUUCGACUCAAACAGAGCUAUGCUCAUCUGCAGAACGACCGAAGAGGCAUUGAAAAACCUUGAUGACCAAGACUUGAAGGAUCAUGUUUUCACUCUCGAGAUACUCAUUAAAGAGGGCAACAAGGUGCACGAGUAUUGGUUACAACGGACCGACGAUGCACUGAAAGAAAAGGAAGCGUUGGAAGGCGUGAUCGAGAAUUUGGUCGGAUUUGUGAAAGGCAGGAGA